AUGUCAACGAACCCGCAGAAGAAAAGCGGCACAGAGGCGUCUGCGGCCGACGCCAAGAAGCCCAAGAAGACCAAGUCGAGGAACGGGUGUGUCACCUGCAAGAAGCGCAGACUCAAGUGCGACGAAACCAAGCCGCUGUGCCAGAACUGCAUCAAGAAGGGCAUUGUGUGCGGCGGCUACGCCAUCAACUUCAAGUGGCGGGACUUCUCAGACACAGCCACCAGCCACAAGAGCGCAGCAGCAGAGGCGGCACACGCUGGUGGUGCCGGCACCGGUGCUGCUGCUGCCGCCGCCGCCCGGGCGCCGCCGGACCAGGCGUGUGCACACCACGAGCGCAGCAGCACACACGACCAGCCGGCUCACAACCCGCUGCAGAAGGCCCUCGAGGAGGCCACGCUCUCCGUCACGGGCAAGUCGGCGCAGGAGAUCGCCAUCGCCAACGUGCUCAUCGCCAACGGGAAAAACCCCGAGCUCGCAGCCGCCGUCGCCUCCACCCUCAGCGGCCUCGUCAACAGCGACGACAUCCUGCAGCUCGUGUCCAAGAAGGGUCUCCAGCCCGCCGGCGACCCGAAGCACGAGCCGUCCAGACCGCCCGCGGACAGAAAAGCCUCGAGAGCGACCAGGACCAAGACGGAGCGGACGGAGCAGACGGACGGCGGUGUCGUGAAGCAGGAGUCCGAGGACGAGACAGCUAAGAGCCAACGCGGCGAAGCAGACGAGGACGAGGAGGACGAGGACGAAAACGAGGACGAAGCCGACAUCACCCACGCGGUCGCCGACAUCCAGCCAAAGAAACUUGUAAAUACCGAGUACAGGAACAACAACCUCUUGCAUUCCCUGGCAGACAUCGCUUCCAAGGUGCCCGCCAGCCCCGUCGGCCCCCUCUCGCCCUUCAGCGAGACGUUUCACCUGACAAAGGGAGCCAGACCUCAGAAACCAGACUCGUUCGCCAAAUCUCCGCUCCUCACCUCUUCGUCAAAGUACCUCAAGACCCUGCCGCCCUUGCACCCGGAAAUCGUCUCCAAAACAAAGGGAAACAACCCUCCGCUGACCUUUUUCAAAGACUCGCCCCAGGCCCCGGCCUCCUUUUCCCCCUCCAUCUUCCCCCGGUCCCCAAACAACUCCGGACUGCUCUCCUCCUACCCACACGCCAACUUCGACCCGGCAGCGGGGCCCGCUACAAAUUCAAAUGUCGCUACUCCGAGGUUUGUGGACGAAAUGGAAUCCUAUUCCAACCUGCAGCAAUUUGCCAAGUUCUCCCCAAUGCCGGCGGAUUCUUUCCAACAGCAGUACGAACACAAUGAUCACUCCAUGAAGAACACCCCUGGGUUCCCAGCGCAGCAUAGCCCUCAAUUCUACUCUUUACACUCAAUUCUUAGCGGAGGAGACCCUUCAAAUGUCGCAAUCCCAAAUAUCGGCUCCCUUUCAGCCAUCGCUGGUAACGAGCAGUUGCAGGCCUUCCCAAGCGUAGCGCCAUCUCCACUUUUCGAAAUUGAGACACCAAAGCCAGGUCAGUCGAAUCCAGCCUCACCCUACACGACGAUGCUAAACUAUAUCAAUGCCACUCAACUACCUGACAAAAUACGCCCCAAAAUUGAGGAGCAGAGAGCAGAUAAAGAGGUUGUUGAAAACUCUAAACAAAUGCCUUCAAAUUAUAGCAACUUUGCCGUAGAUGCAAGCUCGCCUAGAUCAGUUGCUUCCGACAUGAGCUCCACCUUGGACAUUUUUGAGCAUCCAAAUCGCCCCCAGUCACUGAUGCCUCAAAAUCCAGUUAAUCUUUAUUCAUUGCAUUUAUCGGACGAAAACCUAACAACAUUAGUGGCUUUUGACCAGUACACCUGCGGGAUUAUGUCAAUAAAGAAUGGGCCGACUGAAAAUCCAUGGCGUACCUUCCUGCUACCAAUGUCAGUCGAUCACCCCGUUGUUCGAAGUGCCUUGUUGGCAAUGACUUGCUUUCAUGUGGCCAGAGGUGACCCGAUGCUGAGAGCUAGAGGUGUUCGUUACAUGAAGGAUGCAAUCGUCACUCUGGUUCAUAGUUUGAGCUCCGAUAACUCAAAGGAUAAAACGAAAAAACUGAAAGGUAAAUCUUCAGAUACAUCAACUGAGAUAGUGGCUCGUACACCACCGGAUGUUGCUCUUGCGACAUGUAUUGCUUUGGCUAUGGGUGAAGCAUGGGAUAGACACAUUAGUACGGGUAUUGCACAUUUGAAAGGUGCUAAAAGUAUGAUUAUUAGGGUUCUCAAUAAGUUGGAAGGGAAGAAGAAGAGUAAAAAGAGAAGAAGUAGCAGUGUCGGCUCAUUUUCAGACGCUGGAUCUGUACUGAUGUCCAAUUCAGAAAGCAAUCACACGAAUUCAUCUGAUAAAAUCGAAAAUUUAGGUUCCGAAACCCCAGAUAAUGAGUUACACAAGAAAAAACUCCCCAAGGAAUUGCAAUUCCUAGUUAAUGCUUGGAUGUAUUUUGACGUCUUGGCUAGAAUGACCAGUGAAAAUGACGAUGAUAACUUUUCAGAUAGUGAUGAUGAAGAGGCAAUUGAUGAUGGAGAGUAUGAGAACUUUGAUGCUCUGAAGGACUCCGAUGAUAGUGAAAGUAUAGGUGCCGAUGAGGAACUGGGAGACAAGUCCAUGAAAAGAAAAUUCAGCCAGAACUUUGAGCAGCCGUCAAAGAAACGUGGGAAGAAGAAGAAGAAACAUGACGAAAACAAUAGUUCCUCUGUCAUUGCCAAGUUCAGAAAUUUCAAUCUUGAAGAUGGUGAUACAAUCGAUCCACUCUUAGGUAUUGCUCAGACCCUUUUUCCUAUCAUGAGUGACGUUGCAACGCUUAUUGAACAAGUGCGAAGAGCAAAGGUGAAAGCCAAGGCUAUCUCUGACAAAAAUUCAAAGACCCCUCUUAGAUUGAUUUCUAGAGCUGUUGAGCUAAAAACUGCCAUUGAACGUUGGAAAAUCCCACCUCUGCCUCAAAUGCCCAAUAAAGUACCAGCAGAAGAUCCCACUUUUGAUUUGAAUGCAGCAGUGGCCACAGCUGAAGCUUACCGAUAUGCCACUCUUUUGUAUCUACAUCAGACUGUGCCUGAAGUGCCAAGCCAAGGUUCUCACAGUUUGGCAGAGAAUGUCAUGAUGCUACUGGCAAGUGUUCCAGGGAGUUCGAGAACUUUAGUUACUCACAUGUUCCCUCUUUUUGUAGCGUCAUGUGAAGCCAAGCCAGGAGAAGAAAGGGAGUGGGCUAGAGAAAGGUGGACGGAGUUGAUUGACAAAAUGUGGAUAGGUACAAUUGAGAGGGCUUGGGAGGUGGUGAAAGAAGUUUGGGCAAGAAAGGACGCUCUUUCGGGGAAAAAACGUAGCAAGAUUUUUACAGAGAAAGAUCCAAGCUUGGAACUAAUUCAAAAGACUGAUGACAAAAGUGGUCUAGAGUAUAAUAAGGUCAAAAGGAGAAUUAGUAUGGUGAUACACGGUAAUGAUGAGGAUUUGGUUGAUGACGAAGAUAACAUGGUUGGAAGCUGGACUCAUUGGACCACUGUUAUGAGAGAAUGGGGAUGGGAAGUUCUACUUGCAUGAAUUGAUUUUCGAAAUUGAUUUGUCUUGCCCAUUUACCAUCACAGAGAAUGUUACUUUUUAUGUGUAGGAAAUAUAGAACUUAUACAAAGUAGAAAAGUAUGUAUUUAGCUGUCGAAUACACAUUUAUCAUAAAAUGAUUC